CAAGCCUGGAGCGCGCGGGGCCGGGGCUCGGCGAGCCGAAGGAGCGUUGCUAAUGUUUUUGUUUGUUUGCUUUUCUAUGCAUGCAUAAUGAGGGGGCGCCGCGGCACCACACGGGGGCUCCAGGCCCAUUUUUGUAUUUAAAGCCUCACCGCGAGCGAGUCUGCAGCCGGGCUCCGCGGAUCCGCUCCCCAGGCUCCAGGUCCCCAAGCCCAGCAGCACGCUCCGAGUUUCGGGGUCUCCUAGCACCCGGCGCCCAGAGCUUCCCGGAGCGUGGCCAAGGCCAGGGCGGAGGGGGAGGGGACCCGGCGGCCUGGCCGCGGGAAAGGGGAUGCGAGAACUGCGAAGUGAUACGCGCCGCUGAGCCGGGGACGGAGGAGUCGCCGGCUGCACGAUCGUCUGCAGGCGCCGAGCACCAUGCACCCCCGGCGCCGCGCGCUCCUGCAGCCUCGCCGCGGCCCUCCGGGGCGGCGUUGAGCGCCUCCAGCCGCCGACCGACCAGAGCCGGACCGGCGUGGCUGCUCCUCUCAGGGAGCCCCGGUCGCGGUGCCGGAACGAACACCCGCCUCUACCAGCCGCCGGGCCGCGAGCAUGGAUGGAUGAGGACGCCCAUGCCAGAAGUGCGCGGGACUCGGACAAACUUUUUCAGCGGCCCCGCUGCCGCCGCCCGCGCCUCAUCUCCGCUUUGCACCGCGUCCGGCGGCCGCUGCUGCCCGCGAUGCUAGCCGCGCUGCUAGGCGGCGGCGGGGCCCGCAAGGGGACCACUCCGGGCGCCUUGCUGUGCCUUAUGGCGCUGCUGCAGCUGCUGGGCUCGGCGCCGCGGGGCUCGGGGCUGGCUCACGGCCGCCGCCUCAUCUGCUGGCAGGCGCUGCUGCAGUGCCAGGGCGAGCCCGACUGCAGCUACGCCUACAGCCAGUACGCCGAGGCGUGCGCGCCGGUGCUGGCGCAGCGCGGCGGGGCUGACGCUCCGGGGCCCGCCGGCGCCUUCCCCGCUUCGGCCGCGUCCUUCUCGCCGCGCUGGCGCUGCCCGAGCCACUGCAUCUCGGCGCUCAUCCAGCUCAACCACACGCGCCGCGGGCCCGCGCUGGAGGACUGCGACUGCGCGCAGGACGAACACUGCAAGUCCACCAAGCGCGCCAUCGAGCCCUGCCUGCCUCGCACCAGCGGCGUGGGCCCAGGCGCGGGAGCGGGCUCGGUCAUGGGCUGCACGGAGGCCCGGCGGCGCUGCGAUCGCGACAGCCGCUGCAACCUGGCGCUCGGCCGCUACCUGGCCUACUGCGGCAAACUUUUCAACGGGCUGCGCUGCACCGACGAGUGCCGCGCGGUCAUCGAGGACAUGUUGGCCGUGCCCAAGGCGGCGCUGCUCAACGACUGCGUGUGCGAUGGGCUGGAGCGGCCCAUCUGUGAGUCGGUCAAAGAGAACAUGGCCCGUCUGUGCUUCGGCCCAGACGCGGGCAACGGUGCGGGCAGCAGUGGCUCGGACGGUGGGCUGGACGAUUACUACGACGAAGAAUAUGACGACGAGCAGCGCGCGGGCACGGCGGGCGGCGAGCAGCCCUUGGACGAUGACGACGGCCUCGCGCGCCCGGGCGGCGGCGCUGCUGGGACGGGCGGCCGCGGGGAUCUGCCCCACGGGCCCGGGCGCAGGAGCAGCAGCAGCGGCAGUGGAGGCCACUGGGCGACCCGAGGCGCCUGGACCCCGCUUGUUUGCUUACUGUUGUUGCUGCUGCUCGGAUCACACUUGUAGCCCCGGCUGCAGGCUGCUGCAGGCCGGUGCACUCGAUCUGGCUGGUUCCCGAGCUGGGCACCUGUGGCUGGGGGUCCCGGGGAUGGUCUGGAACUCUGACCCGCACGCUCCCUGUGUGGACAGGGCCCAGCAUUUACCCCAGCCACCAUGCCCGGCCCUCCACUGUGCGGUUUCGAAGCUGCAAAUAACCGACUGACCUAUCCUACCGGCUCGAAUCUACAGAGUUCAGGACACCCUGCAAAAAGCAAGGGAGGCCUGGGUUCUGCUGAACGGUGGAGGUCUUCACAACUCCAAGGGACUGGGGGAGGGGAUGUGGAGGGAAUUAGGUUUGUUUUGUUUUUAAACCGUUUUCCUGUGAAGGGAUGUAUAGUACUGGUAACGACUUUAAUUGCUUGUGGCCACUGAGAAACAGCAAUCGUAAGUAAAUGGAAGCGGUCCCUUGCCGGUUCAUUCCUGUACUCUGUAUAGCAGCCAGUAACCCCAAUGGAGCUGGCGAUUGCCUUGUCUGGGUCCCCGAAAUCAUGUCUGCAUUAUAACCUUUAACCCCCGCCUCCAGUUUCACUGCCACAGUUCUGAUCUCUGAGCACCACGUGUCUUAAAAUUAAGGGUCCAAAAACCUGGCCUAGAAAGUUACCAUGGUGUUGAACAAUGCAACUUUUUAUCUUAAAGCUCUGUACUGCCAUCUAGGAAAACCUCUGAGUGGUGUUUGUUUUGUUGUCGUUUUUUUGUUUUGUUUUGAGGUUUUUUUUUUUUUUCACACCAAGAAAUUCUAAGUUUGAGUAUGCAGAGAUUGAAUACUGCCUCUGCCCCUAUCGGGGUUUUCCACCCUGGUACGUCGUAUAUAAACUGUAUUAAAACUGGGGUUUCUUACCAGUUGCUGUACUUUGUAUAUAGAAUUUUUAUAAAUUGUAUGCGUCAGAAAUAAUUUAUUUUUAAAAAGAAAUUAAAAGUUUUAAAUCUGCAUCAAUGUUGCAUCAACCCCCAUCCAAGAAAUGUAUAGAACACAUUGGUCACCAGGAACCCACUCCUGCAAGCCCGUUUUGAAGUGUGCUCUGGGUAGAACAGUCAUAAGAAUGUACAGUGUAUUUUACAGAUUUGAAGUAACGUCGUUAUUUUUAAGAGAAUUUAUGGACAUUGUAGAAAUGUAUAAAUGCAUUUCCAAACUGCCUUAAACAUUGUAUUUUUAUAGACACCAUUUUUUAAAGUCCUGUGUUUUAAAUAACUAUGACUUUGUGUAUUUUUUGGUUGUUUUAUUAAAGAUGCACACAUCAGUAAAGAGUUUAA